AUGGGUGUGAUGAUAUUGGUAUUGUUACUAUGCUUUGCUAUAGCUUGCUCGCAGCAGAUUAAUAUGAUAGAAGAGGAGAAACGAGCUCUGUUUCAGACCAAAUGGUGGGAUUUUACCGAUAACUUCUCAGACGACCCUUGUAACUGGCAAGGCAUAUAUUGCAAUGAAUUUGGAAGCGUUAUUGGGAUGAGUCAGCCAAUGAUCACUCCAGAUGACCCUCGGCUAGCAGAUUUAAACCUCACUACAUUUCCCAAUCUACAACAUUUGGGUCUUCGUAGAAUGGGUUUGAUAGGUGCUAUUCCGACUCAGAUAGCAACUCUUCAUAAUCUCAGUACCAUACCAACUCAAAUUGGAGUUCUUCAAAGUCUUAUCUCUUUAGACUUAUCUAACAACAAUAUUAAUGGUAUCAUUCCAACUCAAAUUGGAGCUCUUCCAAAUCUCUCUUUUCUAGACUUGUCUUACAACAAUAUUAUUGGUACCAUUCCAACUCAAAUUGGAGUUCUUCAUAGUCUUAUCUCUUUGGACUUGUCUAACAACAAUCUUAAUGGUACCAUUCCAACUCAAAUUGGAGUUCUUCAUAGUCUUAUCUCUUUGGACUUGUCUAACAACAAUCUUAAUGGUAUCAUUCCAACUCAAAUUGGAGCUCUGCCAAAUCUCACUCAUCUAGACUUGUCUUACAACAAUAUUAUUGGUACCAUUCCAACUCAAAUUGGAGUUCUUCAUAGUCUUAUCUCUUUAGACUUGUCUAACAACAAUCUUAGUGGCACCAUUCCAACUCAAAUUGGAGUUCUUCAUAGUCUUAUCUCUUUGGACUUGUCCAACAACAAUCUUAAUGGUACCAUUCCAACUCAAAUUGGAGUUCUUCAUAGUCUUAUCUCUUUGGACUUGUCUAACAACAAUCUUAUUGGUGCCAUCCCCACUUUGAUUUUUAAUUUGAUAAGUUUAGAAUACUUUGAUGUUUCUCAAAAUCAGUUAAGUGGCAGCAUACCAGAACAAAUUGGAAAUUUCACCAAUCAUCUUUCUAAUCUAGAUAUCUCCCAAAAUAAUCUAAGUGGAAAAGUGCCAUACAUUUCAAAUUUUCUACAAUUUUGUGGUAAUUUUAGUCACAACCAAUUUGAUGGAAUAUUACCAUCUGACAUAUGCACUUCCCCAUCAGACUGUAGCAUUGAUUUGAGCUACAAUAAUAUCUCUGGUACUAUACCUAGAGAACUUGGUAGACUUCACUACAUCAACUUGUCAUACAAUCUUCUCAGCAGUUAUGUUCCAAGUGAAGUUUAUUGUUGUUUCCCCCAUGACAUUUUAGAUGGGAAUGAAGAAUUACUUGGUCCAGAGAUUCAUGAUUCUUUUAAGGCUCCAAAGUCUUUAUUAUUGAAAAUCUUUAUUCCUUCAACAAUUUUUCUUGUCAUCAUAUUUGUUGUCGGUUUCAUUUUACUUCAAUGGUUCAAAAGGAACAAGAAAUCCAUAAGUGAGACAAGAGAGGGAAAAAAUGGGGAUUUGUUUUCCAUAUGGAAUUAUGAUGGAAACAUUGCAUAUAAAGAUAUCAUUGAAGUAACAGAGGACUUUGACAUCAAGUAUUGUAUUGGAACCGGUGCCUAUGGAAGUGUUUAUAGAGCACAGCUUCCUAGCGGCAAAAUUGUGGCAUUGAAAAAACUUCACAAAAGAGAAUAUGGAAACACAUCUUUUGCCAAGAGUUUUCACAAUGAAGUAAAGAUGUUGAGUGAAAUUCGACAUCGCAAUAUCGUAAAGCUUUAUGGUUUUUGUUUACAUAAUCAAUGCAUGUUUCUCAUCUAUGAAUACAUGGAAAGAGGUAGCCUUUUUUAUGUGUUGAAUAAUGAUGAUGAAGCUAAAGAAUUAGAUUGGAGUAAGAGAGUAGAUGCCAUCAAAGGAAUAGCAAAUUCUUUGUUUUACCUUCAUCAUGAAUGUGCCCCUGCAAUUAUCCAUCGAGACAUAACAAGUAGUAAUGUGUUAUUGAACUCAAAGAUGGAGGCAUUUCUAUCUGACUUUGGCACUGCUAGAAUCAUUGAUCCAAAUACAUCUAAUCAAACUCUUCUAGUUGGUACUUAUGGUUAUGUUGCUCCAGAGCUCGCAUACACCUUAGUUGUAAAUGAAAAAUGUGAUGUUUAUAGUUUUGGAGUGGUGACAAUGGAAACAAUCAUGGGAAGACAUCCUGGAGAUUUGAUAUCAUCUUUGUCAAAGACAUAUUCUGGAAGCAUUUGGCUAAAAGAUGUGUUAGACUUACGUAUCCCAUUGCCAUCACGGAAAGAUGCAAGAGAUGUGACUCUUUUGGUCACAAUAGCAUUAGCAUGCUUGAAUCCAUCUCCCCAGUCUCGACCAUCAAUGCAACAAGUGUCUCGAAGGUUUUCAUCCUCCAAUAUGCCAUUAGCCAUUCCUUUCAAUGAUAUUUCGAUCCAACAUUUAAUGAAUCAAAAUGUGUAAACCAUGUAGUCUAAUAAAAAGCUAGUAGAUUUCGCUUUAUAUUUGAUUUUUUAGGUUGAUGUAACCUUUAAUUAGGAUGUUCCAUAAAGUCUAGAUUUGAAUUUUGAAGUUU